UAUCAACCUCCCUGGACCUGUAACCUGACACUGUCCGGCCUCGAAGAUAAGCGAAGAUUUUUCGGGCCGUUCUUCUAUUUUUCCCCUACGGGUCCAAUUCUCACAUUUUCUUCUUCGGAAUCAGAAGAAAAACCGCGACAAUGUCAUUGACUACUUCGUCAAACGGGAACGGCCUCCUCCUCUACCUGCACAAGUACUCGUUUUACGCCCAGAAGGUCACACUCGCCCUCCAUGAGAAGAAGCUUCCCUUCAAGAGUGUGGUCAUCGAUAUAACAAAGGGCGAACAGUAUGACCCCGAGUUUCUCAAGAUCAACCCACGUGGUGAGGUCCCAGCGUUGAGGGAUGGAGUCAAAGUCAUCCCGGAUUCGGCCAGAAUCAUAGAUUACCUUGAGGACAACUUCACAAACAAUGAACAUCCGAGGUUAACGCCAGUGGACAGUGCCGAAAGGCAGAAGAUGAAGCAGAUGCGCGAGUUGAUCGACCGGAUCCCGGCUAAUUCGGUGACGAUGGGAUCGUUCUACCACACGGAGGACGUGUGCGGUCCCAAGCUGCCGUUCAUUAGGCCUAUCCGGUUGUUCAUGAAAGCCGGGUUUGAAAAGACUUCAACGAAGCUGCGCAAGCUCGCCGAGGCCCAGCCUGAAUACAGGGACGUACUUCUGCAGAAGGCGCAGGAGCACGAUUUGACCUAUGCGACGGUGACGAACAAGGAGAAAUUCAAGGACCUACUCUCGACAGUCGACGACACCCUCGACAAAGUUGAAGAACAGUUGGAAUCACAAAAAGACAAACAAGGAUGGCUGAUCAACAAGGAUUUCACAGUGGCUGACGUCGCUCUCACAACACUCCUAUACAGGCUCGAUGUAAUCGGGAUGUCUCACCGGUUUUUCCAUGACAGGCCGCAAGUGUCUGCAUACCUGGGACGUGUUGCGAACCGAGAUUCGUACAAGGCGACGUUCCCGGGCCUCUUUUACCACUUCAAGGCUCUUUUAGGCUUCAAGGUACUCGGAGCUUCGAUUGCGUUUUGCGCUGGUCUAUUAAUCGCCGGAUAUUAUGUCUGGCGCAGGAAGAACUGACGCCCCUCCGUCCCCCCUGUGAAACCGAUCUCUUUUGUAAAUAAUUUGUAGAUGAUCCCUUAUGAAUUAUGAUGUUUAAAUAACAAUUUCCAUUUUUUAUGGAAGAUGUAAAUGUUUAUUUUUUGUUUUAGUAGUUUAUUUUGUAGUUUUAAUUCAGCUUUUUUUUUUCUGCCCCUCGGAUGAUAUAUAUUCGUGUACAAACUCAGGGAUAUAUUUUCAAGCAUUUUAUUGCGUAAUAAGUCUUCCAUCGUAAUGACUGAAUAUGUGAUCUUUUUAUUUUUGUAAAAAUUGUGCUUGAAAAUGAGGUUUCCUUUUAAAAAAAUUUCA